AUGAGGUUUGACUUUCCAGAUGAGGAUAUCUUGUUUAUUAAAGAUUAUAACAUUCCAAACCCUAACGAAGGAUCCAAACCAGGAUCGCGAUAUAUGCUCAUGUUCGACUGUGCUUCAAAUGCUCAAGGUCAUGGAAUUGGGGCAAUCAUCACCUCUCCUACUGAAUUUCACCUUUCAUUCACUGCAAGAUUAUAUUUUGACUGCACCAACAAUAUGGUAGAAUAUGAAGCAUGUAUCUUCGGCAUUGAAUCAACCAUUGAUCUGAGAAUUAAAAUCCUCGAGGUUUACGGAGACUCAACUCUGGUAAUCAGUCAGAUCAAGGGAGAUUGGGAAACUCGGGAUUUCAAGAUAAUUCCAUAUAAGAAGCAUGUUAUGAAGUUGAUUCCCUACUUUUAUGAGAUAAUUUUUCAUCAUAUCCCUAGGGAAGAGAAUCAACUAGAAGAUGCUUUGGCUACCUUUGUAUCCAUGUUCAAGGUCAAGUGGAAAAGUGAAGCAUUCUCUAUUCAAAUUGAACAUAUGGUUGAACCCGCAUAUUGUCUAGAAACUGAGGCAGAUUCUGAAGACCAACCUUGGUUCUAUGACAUUAAAAGGUAUAUAGAGAAACAAGAGUAUCCUGAGAAUGUCUCCAUCAUUGAUAAGAAGGCUCUAAGAAAGCUCUUUGCCAAGUUCUUCUUGAAUGCAAAUGUGUUAUACAAAAGGAAUUAUGACUCUGUCUUGCCCAGAACUUCAGUCCGUACUUCUACUAGGGCAACUUCAUUCUCCCUCGUAUAUGGCAUGAAAGUUGACCUCUCAAUUGAGGUGGGAAUGUUGUCAUUAAGGGUUAUCAUGGAAGCCAAACUUGAUGAAGUCGAAUGGAUCUAA